AUGAAGUUCUCAACGACCCUUUCCCUGGCCGUGGCCCCUCUCGCCAUGGCCCGACGAGUCGCCAACGUUUUCCCUCCUCAAAACCUUCCUCGAAAUGUCGACACUGAGCUCAGUGAGCGAGGCGUUACCGUCAUCAAGGGCAUGCGCGGAUCUGGCAUCAGCCUCAACGCUCUCACCGAGGUUGUCAUCAUCUGGGCUAACCCUGGCAAUGGAGCCUCCACGACCACCAUCAACCAGCAAGUCACUGUGACCAAGACCGUUACUGCCGGAGCCGGUGGCCAGGCGACUGUUAUCAACGGUGCGACCACCACCAUCAAGGAAGGCCAAACGGCUACUAUUCCUGGCAGAGGAGCCAGCCAUACCGUCAAGGUUGGUGGCCCUGGUGGCCUUGCCUUUCAGCCGGAUCAGUUGAACAAGGUCCCUGUUGGCGACACCGUUGUUUUCGAGUUCCUGUCUCAGAACCACACCGUUACCCAGUCUCCUUUCGAUACGCCUUGCAAGGCUAUGGCUGGUGGUAUGGAUUCCGGCUUCCUCGCGAAUCCUAACAACACUGUUUCUCCCCCCCCUCAGGUUGCUAUGCAGGUCAUGACCGACAAGCCUCUCUGGUUCUACUGCCGACAAAAGGGCCACUGCGGCAAGGGCAUGGUCUUCUCCAUCAACCCUACCGCCGAGAAGACCCAGGCCAUGUUCCAGGGACUGGCCAUCGCUCAGAACGGCACCGGCUCAGGCACGCCCAUCACCGGCGGACAGCAGAGCGGUGCUCCUCCUCCUCCCGCCCAGUCAAGUGGUGCCCCUACCGGCGGAAGCGGCGCUGUUCCCGGCCAAGGAACUGUCGGCGCUGACGGAUCUUGCCAGUGUAUCGCUUCUUGCGAUUCCGGUGCGUUCCCUGCUGCCGUACAAGGAGUAGGCGCCUUUGGCGGAAUGGGUGGUGGUCUCCCCGUUAGCAUGGGCUCCAUGUAA